UGAUGUAACCAACCAACCAACCUCCACUUUGAGAAUAAGCGCUAGAAUGGCUAUGUUUAUUCUUAUUUCUGGCAUAUUGUCACUCUUACACAUAGCAUAUUUAAACCCCAUAUUUUCACCUGAAGAUGAAUUUCAUUUUAAAACGUGGAUGACCGAGAAUGGGAAAACGUAUGACCUAGGCCUACCUGAAUACUACCAUAGGCUGCACAUCUUCACCCAAAACAGGAGGAGGAUCUUGGAACACAACGCGGGUAGAUCCUCAUUUACCAUGGGGCUGAAUCAAUUCUCAGAUUUGACCUUUGCAGAGUUCAAAAAGGCCUUCCUCCUUCACGAGCCUCAGAACUGCUCUGCUACUACAGGGGGCCACCCUCGCCAAGCAGGGCCCUACCCAGACUAUGUGGAUUGGAGGACCAGAGGAGAUUACGUUACUCCAGUGAAAACACAGGGUCACUGUGGGAGCUGCUGGACCUUCUCCACCACUGGCUGUCUUGAGUCUGUCACAGCCAUCGCCACGGGGAAACUCUUGGAGCUGUCGGAGCAGCAGCUGAUAGACUGUGCCCAGGACUUCAACAAUCAUGGUUGCUUUGGAGGACUACCAAGUCAGGCAUUUGAGUAUAUCAAAUUCAGGGGUGGUCUCAUGACAGAAGAUGGCUACCCAUAUAAGGCACACGACAGCACCUGUAAGUUCCAGCCUGAACAGGCUGCAGCCUUUGUCAGGGAUGUUGUUAACAUAACCAGAUUUGAUGAAAUGGGAAUGUUAGAUGCUGUGGCCAGGCUGAAUCCAGUCAGUUUUGCAUAUGAAGUGACGGCUGAUUUUGUGCACUACAAAGAUGGCAUAUACAGCAGCACAAAGUGUAAGAACUCCACAGAGACGGUGAAUCACGCAGUCCUUGCUGUGGGCUACGGAGAACAGGACGGAACCCUGUACUGGAUUGUCAAGAACUCCUGGGGCAGCACCUGGGGCAGAGAUGGGUACUUCCUUAUAGAGCGAGGGCGGAACAUGUGUGGUCUUGCCGCCUGCUCCUCCUACCCACUGCCACUGGUGUGAACAGUCUCCCCUCCUUACAGAGUUGACCAGGACGUCCAAGGCAGUGUACACACACAGAUGCACUGCUCUACAGCAAAGGGAAUUGAGCUCACUGAAGCUCUCACACAAAUUGCACCUACAACAAUAGAAUGUAAGCAACGUUACUGACGGUUUUUAUAUAUCACAGUACUGUAUGUUUGCACUAUUUUUAGUCAAGGAUUCUGGAUGCUGUAUGACUUUGAUUUUGUGUGUUAUACAGUAUGUGUGAGUGUGUAUAGCCAAACUAUGGUGGGAUUUUAUCAGUGUCCUUCUUCACAUAUUCCCAUUUGUACUGACUGUGUCUGUGUUAUUAAGCCAUUGCUCACAACACAUAUUGUACAAUAGAACACUACUAGCCUUUUGAUGUCGGAUGGUUUAUUAUUAUCAGUUUUGCUAGUUGAAAGUUUUUAUUAACUUCAAUUUUAUGGCCAGCAACCUACAAAUCUAAAGCACCAGAUAAGUGUUUUGCUGCUAAUAAAGUCAUUUAAAUCCUGUGGUUUAACACUUGUGAUG